AUUUGCCUAACAUUGAUUUUCGAACCACAUCAUCACGACCUGCCUUUGAGUUGUUUGUAACAUUUAAAUACUUAUGUUCGGCAGAUAGUAGUAUUCCCCGAUACCAUUGCAAAUACAACAUUUUUAACAUACUCGUUGCUCGUUUUGUUAAUCCAAUUUUAUAAACCUUCAGAAUAAUUUGGUCUGAUCUACAGGAGCAGGCCUUUUUCUGAUAAUACCUAGAUUCUGGUAAUACCGUAGAUGUGUCAUUUAUAAUGUCUAAGAAAUUUGUUAUCACUCCAUCGAAAUUUGCCCUUAUCUUAUCAUUCCCAAACUUCUAUUGUUUUAUAUAAAAUCGACACAGAAAGUUUUGGGCUCACAUUCGGUAGUGGUGAUGGCACAGCUACAGUUGCUCAGAUACAGAUCCUAUCCAAAACGAGGUGUGGCAUUGAUCUUUGUUAUUCACGAAAAUAGAAAAGGAUCAAAAAAGGAUCUGAAAGAUUUGGAAGCAGUACUUCUACGUUUACAAUUCGAGGUGCGUAAACAUGUCGAUUGUACAGCAGCUCAAGUGCGAGGUGUGUUGGAAAAAGUUUCCAAGGAGGACCAUAACAACAAUGAGUGCUUGCUGAUAGUGUCGAUGACCCACGGCAGUAAGGAAAAACUUACUUUCAAGGACCGCGAUAUUUCUGUCGACGAGUUGUGGGAUUAUUUCAUUGGAAACAAAUGUGCAUCAUUAUUUGGAAAGCCAAAGCUCGUCUUCGUCCAAUCCUGUCGGGGUAAUAAAUAUGACGCUGGAACUAGAAAAUGCUUAGAUUCCGAACCGCCAAAAGUUGAACCUGUAACGGUCUGUUUACCAAUGUACGCCGAUCUUUUGGUGAUGUACUCGACUUACGAGGAUCACGUUUCGUUCCGUUGCGAGAAGGAAGGUUCCUGGUUUAUACAGUCCCUGUGCCAAGUGUUGGCAUGCAAUAUUGCACAAGUGGAUCUGCUUCGUUUGCUAACUCAUGUGACAUACCUCGUAUCGUGUCGUUCGGAUGGUUCGGGAGAAAACAUUGUGAAACAAACACCAACGAUCAAUUCAACGCUCUCCAAAGCAUUUUACUUUCUGCCCAAGUAAUGAUAUGCUGUAUUCUUUUAACGACGCCGAACAACUACUAAACACCAAAUACAGCGCAAACUGUAAACGAGCAGCAAAUUCGAAGAAAAGAUUAUUUAAUACGCUGACGUGAAGUUUUGUAACGGUAACUGCCCAAAAUAUUGAUAGACAGAUUCAAGGAAUACAGAGUCACGAUAACAAUCCGCGGAAGUGUGAUAAAGAGUUGUAAUGGAGUGUUCAAACGACUUGUGCUACAUGCUACAGCGUUGAUAAGAUAAUUUAGUAAAUGGAGUCCAACGUCAUAGGAGAAAAUAAUAAGAAAGAGCUGAACAAUGAUAAAGCGACUGCAAAUCCGUAUCCUAAAAAGAGUUCAAAAACUGUUUCAGUUUGUGCAAGUUGAAUAAUAAUACAAUACUCAACAACACAUUGCAUCUGGGUUCAUUUCUGCCAUAUGCUUUGGUUUCAUGUUUGUUAAAAAUAAUUUACUAAUUUCUUCACGUACUUACACACAAGCAACAUCCAGUUUUCAAAGUAAAUUCAAUUGUGCGUAGUAGAGAUAACUGCUAGUUAAAAAAAUAAUACACAAUAAAAAAAUAUUUCACUGUGACUCCAACCACUUCUUUUACAUCACAAUUCAUCGUUUUCAUCAGGUGGAAGAUAUAAAUAAUCCGAAACAGAUUUGUAAUGAUUUUUUAAAUCAAUAUUAAAUGUUCUUAAUUUUCUCAAGAAGACCGUUCUGACCAUACGUAUGUGUUGUGCGGAUUCCGUGUCAUGCGGAUUUAUAUAUAUACACCGUGGACGCUUAGCGUAACGCCGUUACUCUGUCCUGCCACUGUGUGGCACGUACACGUUAAGUAAUUUUCCGCUUUGCGCGCCUCCAUGGU